AAAGGUUUUAAUUACGGUUGCAUUAUAAAAUGGUGGACAAGGGUUGGGUGCACCUUUGCAGAGUUGAUCCUGCUUAUGAGAGAGGGGCUGCAAACUUUGUACGGACUGUGGCUGCGGCAAUGGGAGACGUUGAUAUGAUUGUAUGUCCUUGCAUUGAUUGUCGUAAUAUAGAUCGUCACUCAGCCAGUGUUGUAGUUGAUCAUCUUGUAACAAGGGGAAUGGACGAGCCUUACAAGAUGCGGUCUGAUUGGUAUCAUCAUGGAGAAUUGAAUCCAGUGGUUGGAGGUGAAAGCAAUCAAAAUCAGUGGCAUGAUGAAAUUGUUGGGUUAUAUGAAGCAGCUGAAUAUUUGGAUGAAGAGUUUGCUUCCAAAGUUGAGAUUGCAGAGGCAGCAGUGAAGAUAUUUGUCGAUGUAGUUCUUCAACCAGAGACAUUUAUAUGGAGGCCAACGAUGGAUGUGACAUACUUUGAGGACUGUUUAAAGUCUUAUGUAGCAUGGCCUGUCCACAAAGUGAUCUUUGAAAACCCUACAGAUGCAACAUGUCAGAAAUCUCCACUUCAGACUUCUGCUGCAAGAGGAAAAUCACCAUUGGAAGCAGCAGCAUCAGUAGGAAAAUCAGCAGCAUCAGAGAAAGCAGCAGCAUCAGGGAAAGCAGCAGCAUCAGGGAAAGCAGCAGCAUCAGGUUCACAAAUUGCAGCAGCAUCAGGUUCACAAACUGCAGCAGCAGGUUAUAAGCCAUCCCCUGAGAUAUCUACAACAAAAGGUACAAAAUCCGUUGCAACAGUUUCAAAAGCUCUAGCUGAGAAGUCCACAGCUACAGGUUCAAAGUCUCCUGUCAAGAAAAGUCAGCUGCUGGAUUCACAACUCCCUCUAAGAAGAUCUCCGCGUAAAAGUGUAGCUGAAGUUAUCAAGGCCAAUCAGAAGUGUAAGUUAAUGGAUAUUAGUGGAAAGAAGCAGGUGGUUGCUGAAGGACGUGUGCAUUCAAUCGACCCAGACCUAAAGGUACACCAUGUUCGAUUGGGGUCUAAUGCAGCUAGAGUUUGGGUGGAUGUAGUGAAAAUAGAUGAUGCAGCAGUUUGGAGGCCAUCAGAUGAAAUCGAAUAUAUGAGAGAUUCACUUGGUUCAGCUAUUGCAUGGCCAAUGGAUAAGUUGGUCAUCUAUUGAGUUUAAGAAUAAACUGGGGGAAUGAAGACACUUUGGUCCAGGUUAGCUAGUUUAAAUUAGAUUUAGACUAGACUAAUCAACUUGUGUUAUGUAAUUCGGAAUCAGACUUGUUGUCUACUUUGGAUUUAGACUUAUGUUAUGUUGAAUGAUUUGUAUGGAUUUUUUCUCUAUGUUGGAUUGGAUUCAGACUUAAAUGAAAUUUCUAUUCAGAC